AUGAAGCUCCUCGGUGUCAUUGGUGGUCUCUCCGGCUAUGCCGCCGCUGUCGAGCUCACCGCUCCACUCUUCGGUGACGGCUCCGGUGAGAGGCGAAUCCCAUCGAGCUACGAGUCGGCAGUAAUGGGCCGCCGAGUUUUGGCCCUCUCGAAGCUCGGCACUUUGUCCACCGUGUUUCCCCAAUCGUCAUCUUCUGGCGAGGCCGACGCGGCGGAGCGACGACCGGACGGGCUCGACGGGAUUGCAAUCGGCCUACAGGAUUAUUACGGAGAUUGCGAGGAUCAAGGCAACCCUACGCUCCUGGCCAUCAAGAUCGCCACCAGCUUCAAGAACGUCCGUGCCGGGUCCAACCUGACUCUGGCCGUGGAGUGGAAACCGCCGUACCCGCCGGCCAAGCGCAUCCCGCUCCUCUCUCGCCUGUCUGCAUACGUGCCGUACUUUGGCAACAAGGAAUACAACCAAGAAGCCUCGACUCUUGCCGAGCCAGACGUCUCAUCUUACCCCUCGCCUCCAGACACGGUGCCCUACUCUGCCGCCAACCUGCCCAGGUUCUCGCUCAUCGGCUAUCUGGAACCGAUCAACCCGGACAUCAAGGAGGCCGUUCGGCUUGCUUCGUGUUACACCACCAAACACGGCGAUGCCAAGUACUGGCUGCCUGGCAACCCCAUCCACGCCAGCGAGUGGGCAAGGCUGGUUGUUACGCAGGUGUACUGGAUUGGCGGCUUCGGCGACCGUGCCUACAUUGGAUGGAUCCCCAUUGACGAGUGGAACAAGGUCACCAAGGAGGAGUGGCAGAGCAUCCAGUUGCCUGGCGAGAAGAAAGGCUGGAGCGAGUGGAGCAUCAACGAGGCCGGUGCUGGUGAGCUUUGA